AAAGUUUAUAGUGUGGCAGGAAUACGAACGUUCAGCUUUCCCCCACAGUGAGUCCAAGAAAAAGGUAACAGUAUGCCCAGAGGAAGGUCAGCGGUCAGCAUCCACUCUGACAGCAGUGAGAUGGACAUUGAUGGAAUCGCGGAGACAGAACUGGCCAAACUGCAGAGGCAGUUCCGCAUCAUGGAGGGAGACCGGCAGGCCUACAGCGUCGAGACGCAGAAUCUGAUCCGCAGGCAGCAGCAGGAGAUUCAGAAGCUGCAGGCGGAGCACGAGGAGCUGCGGUGCAGCCUGCAGGUGUCGGAGAACCGCACGCAGCGUCUGCGUGACGCGGAGGUGACGCAGAGUCUGCGCAGGAUGCUGGAGCAGCGGGACGAGCUGGAGGAGCAGCUGCAGAGGGAGAAGCAGGCCGCUGCGCAGCUGGAUCAGGAGAUUUUUAGCAUGGAGAGGAAGCUGGCGGCCCAGAGGCGAGAGGGGAGUACGGUGAGCCCGAAUCAAAAGCCCCAGUCCUACCAGAUGCAGCAGGCCUGCCACACCCUGGAGAACAAGUUGGACAGGGCCCUCACACGCUUUAACAAGCAGCUCGCCAAGAUGGGGCAACUGAGGGAGGAGUUGGAGAUUCUGCACGUGGAGCGGAACAGAUUUCAGCAGCUGUACCGCAAGCUGGGCAAGGAGCUGCAGGAAAUCCACAAGGACAUUGGGGACAUAAUUGAGCAGUCAACAUCGGCCUAUGAUGCCAGGGUGGAGGCGCAGUACAAAACCGUGACGCUGAAUGAGAAGGCCGUAAAGGACUUGGCACAGUACAGUGCCGAGAUGCAGGAGCUGGAGCGGGUCAUCGCCCACGAGCACCGCCUCAAAACCUUCAUGAGCACCAAGAACCAGGAGAGGAACGACCAGGAGGACUCCCAGGACGCGAACCGAAGGCAAGCGAUGGAGGAGAAGGAAAAGAGGAAGACUGAAUCCGGGGAGGAGAGCAUUGCCACCCUGGAGGAGGCUUUCAGCAGGAUCCAGAAUGCAACAGGAGAGGAAGAUUUGGACACGCUGGUCAUGAAGUUCAUCGAGGUUGAAGACCGGAACUUUGCUCUGUUCAACUAUGUUAAUGAGCAGAACAAUGAGGCCGAGACACUGCGGGACCAAAUUGCCCAGAUUCAGCAGGAGAUGGAGCGGUCACGCCAAGAGGGUCAGCGGCAGGAAGAGGUGCACGCUGCCGUGCUGCGGGACAUCGGCGUGCAGCAGCAGGAGACCGAGGCCCAGGCGCAGGAGUACGAGCAGCGCGCUGCGGCCGUGGCCAAGAUCCUGGACCAGCUGAAGACUGGAGUGGGCAGUCUGUUCCACAAGAUCGGUUGCGAUCGUUCUGUAAUUGAGGACAUGCUAGGCUCCUCCACCGGCAUCAGAGACAACGACAUCCUCACCUACCUGGGCCUGGUGGAGCAAAGAACCAAUGAGCUGCUCACCAUACAGUCUUACCUCACCUCCAAGGACCUUGACAAAGAUUACGACCCCGAGGACAUUGCCCAGCUCCUGUUAGGGCAGAGCCAGCAGCUUCCUCGACAGAACAUUUCAAUUCUGCCUCCCUCCAUUGGGGACAACUAUGACACGGAUGAGUCUCCGCUCACUGAUGAGGAACGACCUCUGACCCGGAACGAACUCCAGCAGAAGGUCAUGAAGGGGGUCCUGCGGAAAGAAAAGACUAUUCGACCAGAUGUCAAAGCCUCCAAAAUCAGUGUGGUAGCCAACAACCGCCAGCGCUUGAUUGAGCAGUGAUGGGGAAUCUCUGCACCGAUUUUUUCUGCCCCGACAGAGGUUGUGACCACUAUCACUGUGUUAUCACAACAGGACAGUGUAGCAUCUGUUAGAAGCAGUCAGUGGUGGUUCCCUUCCAAAGAGCUCACUAUUCCCCUUGGGAUUCAGUGGCUGCUCCCUACCCCUUACUACUUGACCUGAGAAUAGCAGAUGAGAACAGGGAAUGAAAUUGUCUUGAAAUCAUCCCUUAUUUUAACAAGACACUCACGUUCAGCACUGAAGGAGCAAUUCAUUUAAAGCGUCUCAUCCUUUUAAGUUAUGAUUCUUACACCUUAGGAGUGUUUUAUAUUGAUCCUCCCAUCCUUUUAGAGAAGAACAAGUGAGUGUGUUAUGUGGUUGCUGGGAAAGCCAGACAAUCUUCUUCAACCAUCACUGAGAGCUUUAUUCCAAAUAUGGGCAUUCCACUAAUGCAGUUCUGAGCCCUGAGAUCUUUGACAGCUUACUCUCCUGAGAUGACUUGAUGAAAUAGGGCCAGUGAUCCUGAUAAUGUACAUGUUACCGUUGCUGUUUAGAGUGCAAUCUUUGUAUGAAGGCUAGUUUCAGCAGUACACUUGGACCCCAACAACGCAUGUAUGAAUCACGUUCAGGGAGAUUCUUGUAUGUAAACAUAAAAGGAAAAUUCACACUGUUCUUAGAAUUUUCCAAACUUUGGUGCUACUUUCAGCCCUCGUUCUUAUGACAGAUGAGCUAACCAUCAUCUUUUAACAUCUACCCAAAUUAAGUUUGAACCAAUUCAGAGGGACUUCACAGGGAAGAUUUGUUAGUAUGACUACCUGUUCUACAGCUGUUCUUUUACAAGAUGUGUCAACACAUGCAAUGUUUUUCUCAGGCUAAGUAUUGGGUUUCAAAUAUGUUAUGUGAGAGCUGUCUUCUACAAGUACUUACUCCAAAAUCUGGAUAUGAUCUUUUUAAUAACAUCAUGUUAGCUGAACCAUGGAAUUAAACUGUCAAAACAACUAUGUACACUAGCCACUGUAGUGCUUAGUUUAAUUGGUGUGAAUUUCUGUGUAAGGGAUCGAAUGUGUUUUUCACGUUUAUCUCACAACUCACCUCAACCCCUCUCAAAAGCUACCAGUUGUUC